CAGGAGGAAAAUCACAUUUUCCGAAUUUUCUUGCGCGAUAUAAGAUUGUUUUCAUUUUAAUGGAUUAAAUUUUAUGGAUACUUUUAUGUGAUUUUCAGUUAUUUGACUAGACUACAUGAUAAAUUAUUAGUUUAAAAGAAGGGUGUUUUAAAAUUUAAAUUUCAGUAGACAUCCCUUGAUUAAUAACACAUCAGCUGUUAAUUUACCGUCGUGAGUCAGUGGAAACGUCUACAGUAAUUAAGGCGACCGCCAACAAACGUCAAGUGAGCGGAAUCAUCGUGCGAGAUCGCAUCGCUCGCUUAUUGUUUUCAGUUAUUUGGCCGCGCUCGGAGCGCGUUCUCGUCGCGUGUUCCGCCACAAUGUACUCCGCGCAAAGUUCGCCGUGAAUACUAAACCUCUGUUAGUUUGUUAGUAGUUUUAUUGUUGUAACACCUGUGUCAGUGUAGUGCGGGAACAUGGCUCGUCUCACUGAAGAAAUGGUGAUCGCGCGCUCCAAGCAGUCGGACCUCACGGCGAUCAAGAAGCUAAACUGCUGGGGAGCAGAGCUGGUCGAUGUCAGUCUGCUGCGCAGGAUGCCCAACGUGGAGGUGCUGGCGCUCAGUAUAAACAAGAUCCGCACGCUGGGCGACUUCGCGGGCUGCCGGCGACUGCGCGAGCUGUACGUGCGCAAGAACGAGAUCAGAGACCUGCACGAGAUCCGGCACCUGCGACACCUGCCCGACCUCACCAGCCUCUGGCUGGACGAGAACCCCUGCACCACGCAGCCACACUACCGCAUGACCGUGCUCCGGAACCUGCCCAACCUGGAGAAGCUCGACAAUGUGCCCGUCCAACCUGAUGAGGUGCAGGAGGCGAUGCGGCUCGGCCUGCACAUCCCCGACUCUGACGACGAGGGGUACCCGCAGCAGCAGGAGAGCUACGGCCAGUACCGGCGCCAGCGCUCGUGCGAGUCCAGCCCGGACCGAGAACCAGAGACCUACUCCGCGCGACCUCCGCCCAGGCACGAGGGCAGCGACAGCUCGGAGGCGGGCGCCGAGCCGGCCGACCCCGCGCGGGACGCCCAGUGGGCGGGCUCCCCGACGCGGCACGAGGACGAGCGCUACGAGCACCCCGCCAUGACACGCUCACACUACGACGCGCGGUCCCCAGACGCGGGGUCGCUGCGGCACUCGCUCUCCAUGCACAGCGUCAAGGAGUACGGGUACGGGUCUAACGGCGAGUGCCGGUACCCGGCGCCGGCCAGCGGCGUGGCGUCCCCGCCCUACCAGGACAACUACUACGAGCGGAACGACAGGUCGGAGUCGUGCGGACAGAUGUCGCAGCGCGGCAGCGGCGAGGCCUGGGACGAGCGCGCCGCUCGCGGGCCCGACAGGGACAGAGAUAUGCCGCGAGACAAGGACACCACCUACCACUACCCCUCCGCCGUCAUGCAGGAGCAUCGCGGCUUCACGCGGAGACCCGUCGCCAGGAACUCGAACCUGCUGUCUGCGGUACUGUGCCUAGUGAAGGAACUCGACUACCCGAGCCUCGAGGUGGCGGAGAUGGCGGUCAGGUACAUUACCUUCCACAUUCCCACUACCGAGCCUUGUCCAGCCGCCUGCAGUCAGCAGUGGGCACAAUGUCUUCUACCAACUCCCCGUGUGUUGCAGGUGUCGCAUGGACGAGCUGGCGAACGCGCAGUGACGUCGCGCGGCGCCCCCCGCGCCCCCCUCGCCGCCCGCGCCCCCAGCGCCUGCGCCUCCCGCGCCCUGACGUGACGUCACGCGCCCUCUAGUCAGCGCCCGACACUCGGCCCCGGCCGCCCAGUGUCCGAGAGCCCGGUGUAAACGAAAAUGAACUGUAUUGUCAAUGAAAUAACUUGUGUUAUUGUGUACUUGCGGCCCGCGCCACGCCUCACGCUAACAUUACUCGCAUACAACGCGCGGUAGUGUUUCUUAAUCGUAGUAUAUUCUGAUUUACUUAAGUAACGCCAUCUGUCUUGUAGCAAUGUACUUACACACAUAGACAGAGUUUAAUGUGAGCUACCGUAUUUCGCUCAACAGAUGGCGCCAGUGGAACUCUCGUAUUUCGUCCAAUAUGGUGCCACAUUAUUGGAUGUACAAUUUUGGACAGCUAGGUACAGUGAUUGGACAAACUGUUGUCGUGCUAAAGAAGCUGUGGCGUCUAUUAGAUUUUAAAUCAAAGGAAGAAAAGUUUGAAGUCACCGCGUACAAAAUGUACUGAGCGCUAACAUGUUGCUAUGUUCGAAAUAGUUUCGUAUGUUUUUUAUUGUGUAAAUAUAAUCGGUUAGAAAUAAGGUCUAUCAAAGAUGGACGUUAUAUAAUAUACUAAGCGGCCGGCGUGGCGCGCCGCGUGCCGACUAAUGAAUUAAUUAAAUAAAUAAUGCAAUGUACUCGUAAUGGACUCGAUUGUAAUAAAUUAACUUGCCGUAACA